AGUGCACCCGCUCCAACUCGGGAUCCAGCCGACCCGAACAUUGAGCGAUGGGACGACAUUGGGCUGGUACUGAUCCACGAUUUCAUCUCCGCGGCCGACGAGGCAGCCAUGAUCGCGGCCUUCCACGCCGCGGACCCGCGGACGGGCGGCCGGAAGCGGCUAAGCCAGCACUUUGGCUACCACUUCGAUUAUACGACGUUCGGCGCGUCGGACACGCGCUUCACGCCGCUCCCACCAUACGUCGCCAACCUGCUCCCCCGCCUCCCCGUCCAGGGGUAUCUCCCGGACCAGUUCACCGUGCAGUACUACCCGCCCGGCGCGGGGAUCCCGCCCCACGUCGACACACACUCCAUGUUCAGCGAGGCGCUUUACAGCCUCUCCUUUGGCAGCGCCGUGCCAAUGGCGUUCAAAAAGUCCGGCACCAACGACGCCCGCAAGAUGCGCCUCCCAAAGCGGUCGCUGCUGGCGUCGCCAGACCCCCCCGAACCUCAACCGCCGUCAGCGGGGGAAGCCAGCGGGCCCAGCGGCCAGUCUGCCCCUGCGCACCCACCCCCGGCACCCCCAGCCACCCAACAACCUGCAGGCGGGACGGAGCAGCAGGAAUCCGAGGGAGAGGAGCUGCCGUCGUGGGAGCUGCUGCUGCCGGCGCGGUCGCUGCUGCUCAUGACGGGUGCGUCGCGCUAUGGCUACACGCAUGGCAUCAAGGGGCGCAAGACGGACGUGGUGGGCGGGCAGACGGUGCCGCGCGAGGGGCGGUACUCGAUCACGAUGCGCACCACCAGGCGCGGUUUAGACAUUGGAUGCACGUGCAGCUUCCCUGGGGUGUGUGACGCGCGGGUGAGGGAGGAGCAAGCGGCGGUGGCG